AUGUUCAACAAAAGAUCUUUGACAACAGAAGAUGUCCAGGCCGUUGCUCCUGCAAAACGAUUCAGGUCCGAGAUGGUCGACAUAUUUUUAAACAAUGAGCUCAGUUCUGAGCGAAGCGCUCGAGUACUGCGGUCAGCACAGCAAGCCGGGGCACUGCAUGUGGAAGAUUUACAGGUCCGCCCAGAGACUCGCAACACCCAUCGGGAUCUUUUGCGAAAAUGUUUCAGAAACACGAAAUGGCCUUCGUUAUAUCAUGCAAAGGUUCGUGGCUGGAAUCAGGCGAAGAAUACGUCUGAAGAGUAUUCCUUGGCAAUUUUGCUGCCUCACGAAUCCUUGCACUCACUGCUCAAAGUGAACACGCCAGAGGCCUUGCUUCAGCAGCAAGCCGAGAUCUUGCCUGACAGGCCUGACCUGGAGAACCACUUGCAUUUUUUGGAGGAUGAGUUGGGCUUGGAUUCUGAAUCCACUCUCCUCAUGGGGAUGUGGUGCGAUGGUGUGCCUUUCAACAGCGACCGAUCCAUGACUUUGGAGACGAUUUCUUUGAACAUCUUUGGCCAGCAGAAUCUUCGCCUGCCUGUUGCGGCCUUUCCAAAAGAAUUUGUAUCCAAAUCGCAAACUUUUGAGGAUGUAUUCGAAAUCAUCCAGUGGUCCUUCAAGCAGCUGGCGACGGGGAGCAUGCCAAGCUGCCGACACGAUGGCAUGCCCUUCAAUCGAACCGAUAGUUAUCGACAACGUUUGGCAGGCAAAAAGCUUCCACUGAGAGUACCCUCUCAUUUCCAGCAUGGACUUCUUCAUGCGCCAGAGGCAGCAGAAUCAAUUGGAUUCAAUACGGCUUGCUGCAAGAUGGACUUUUUACACGCUUGCGACCUCGGAGUAACAUCCGACUGGCUUGGGUCUUUGCUGUUUUACUUGCAGAAUGAGAAGAUCCGAGGCCUGAGCAAACUCAUCCGAUGUGCCAAGCUGUACCAAGACAUCAAGGCAUACUACGACAGAGCUGGGGUCCAAGAUCGAUUGCCGAAGCUCCUUCCCACCAUGCUUCGUGAAGAGGAUCGAGGCAAGAUCAAAUCCCCCAAGUUGAGAGCCAAAGCAGGGGAAGCUCGAGCACUCGUCGGUGCUGCCAUGGAAUUGGCUACAAAGUAUUUGUCGCCAGCAAAGCCUGCUGAACAGGCGAUGUUGCAUGGCACAGAAGCUUUGCAGUCCAUAUAUGCCUGUCUCAGCACUGCAGCUUGGGACAAGGAAGUCUUCAGAGUUUCUUCUCAGAAGUUUCUUUUACUCUGGGGCAGCCUCGAGACUUACUUCGAGGUGGACAAGCUCUUCAGGGUUAAACCUAAAGCCCAUCAGCUGUUCGAAUUGGCCAGGGGCGAGGUGAACCCUAGCAAGACCUGGACCUACAGGGAUGAGAGCUAUGGGCAUACCCUAGCAUUGCUGGGCAGACGGCGUGGUGGCAAGUUUUCGAUGAAUGCUGUUUCUUGUCAAGUUCUCAGACGAUUCCUGGCAGCUAAUAAAGUUCCUCGAAUCGAGAUCGGCACGUGA